UUAAAGCAGUGAGCGGUGUGUGAUGUGUUAAUACAGUGGAGUGAACUCGGAGUGUGGAGAUCUCAGCUGGAGAUGAAGUCUAAAAUGGAGGCUGAACUAAACCACAGAACAGAACAAUAAUGUCGGACAUGUUAGAGAAGACUCCUACACGCCUUUUAGUAAAAUCAGAUUCUUAAUGAUAAUAUAAACGUCCAUUUCUGCAGGACACUGAGAUGGUCAGUGAGUGGACCAGCGUGGACAUUAGCAUGGAGUAACAUCUCCACACACCAGAGAACAUCCAGUCAAUCAGUUUUCUUCACAACCAUCCUGUUUCUCCUCCUUCAUUCCAGCAUCACUCUGCACUGUCUCUCCUCCUCCACCAUGCAGCAGUCCUUCAGCAUUCAUCAGUGUGUCCUGUUCCUCCUCAUCCUCACAUUCACCACUGCACCAACUCUGGCCUCCACUUCUGUAACAGUGAAACUACGUCAGUCUGCUACACUAUCAUGCAAUUACAAAUGUUCUGGUGUUGUCAAAUGGACCAUGUUCCAUGAUCCAGCCCAUAUUCUGGCUCAGUGUGAUCAGACACAGUGCAGCUCAGAGAGGGGAUAUGAAGUGUCUCAUGAACAGUACCUGAAGGGAAAUCUUCAUCUCACCAUCCCUGCAGUAGAUUACAGUAAACGUGCCUUAUACACAUGUGUGUGUGAUGGUGUAGAGGCCUGUGAUGUGCGUCUCAUCAUUGAACCUUUGACGUCAUUAGUUCAGUUAAGCCCUGGUGAAGCUCUGGUGAUGGAUUUGCCCGUACCAGAGCCAGUGGAGGUGAGGUAUAAGGCCAGAGGUUCAGCUGAUUUAUACGGUGCACAGAUCUGUACAGUGACUCAACGGUCACUACACUGUAACCCUGAAUACACACCCAGAGCAUCACUCAGUUACCCCAACAUUACACUGAGAGACGUGAACGUGUCUGAUAGUGGAACCUACUCCAUCCGGGACAGGAAGAACGAGGAAGUCAUCCACAUAUACACACUCAUUGUGAACGACAUUUCAGAGAAGAAGCCGGAGAGCUCCUGGGUGAUUGGAGUGAUUGUGGGGCUGUUACUGUUACUGAUCCCAGUCAUUAUAGUGUGUGUGGUGAAGAAUCAGCGUAAAAAUCGUCUUAAGCUGGAACAAGCAGAUCCAGAGGAAACUAUUACACUAAAUGGUUCCGUGACUCAGGAGGUCAAUCAGAGCCGACAGAGGUCCAACAGCGAUGUAGGACCAUUGCUGAGGAAGAUUGUAGAUAUGGAGGAGCUCAUACAGCGCUACAAAACUGAAUCAAUGAGAAAAUCUCAGAGCUUGCCGAACCUGAACAACACACAAGUGGUGGAAAUGCUGAUGAGCAAAAAGACAGAAAUGGAGGCAGUUGUACAGCGCAUGCAGAAAUCAGAGCAGGACACAAUCAGCAAGUGGUGGAGAUUGAGAAGACCAGAACUGGACACCAUCAUUGAGCACUGGAGAAAUUAUAAUGCAGAACUGGAGAGGCUCAAACAGGUGCAACAAAGUUCUAGAGAGUCACACCAAAACAAUCACCUGACUUGGUUUCCCACCGGACGCCAGAGGCUACAGUCAUGUCCAGCGUGGGCUACAUAACCAAUGAUCAACAGCGAAUGAAUUACACUAGUAUGUUUUCUGAUUACUGCUGCUGUGAGCUGGUUGUUUUUGGGAGCUGUGAACACUUCCAUCACGUCUCAUUGUGAACUGUGAGAAGCCAGAGGAUUAAUGUACAAAACACCAACAAGAUCAACUUCCUGUGUGUUUCACUUCCCUCAGCAUUACCUGGUGCAGUUAUUCAGCUGAUACUGAGGUGUUUACAGAUAAAAGGUGAAGACAUUUAAUCAGCCUGAGACCUGUUUCAUUUACUUUAUUUAACGUGCAGUUAGAUAGAUUGAUAUAAUUUUUGAUCCCAUGAGGGAAAUUCUUGUAUUACAGCAGCUCAGACGGUUACAAGCAGGACCCACUGGAUGAUGUGAGAAUGUGAGGAACGUAUUAUUCAGUUAUGUAAACUUCAGGAUUGGGGAGAGUUACAGGCCAUAAUGAAACAGAAGCCAUUCAGUCUGUAAUCUAAUAGUGACUGACCAAAUGUCUGUAAUGUACCUGCUUCUUCUUCUUCAUCAUCAUCAUCAUCAUCAAAUUGGAGACUACCAUACAUUACCAUUUUUCUCUAACACUAACACAAGUCCCUUCCCUCCCUAAAUCAUGUAUAUGUGUGUGUGUUAUCCAUGUCAGUGACCGGGUGUUGUACAACUACAUUGUAUUUUUAUGUGAUUUUUGUACGAUUAUUUUUAAGCAAAAUAAAAUUUCUAUUUUCUUUGG